AUGAACCCCAGAGACGAACCUAUGGACGACAGGUCCUCCCAUACAGAGGACUACUUUGAUGAAAGUGAUGAGGACCACGUCGAAGCCAACCGGUCCAUUCAGGAAGUUCCUGAAGACAACCCCGAAGAGGGCGAGCCCGUCGAAGAGGAAGAAGACGAAGGAGCUCCGAGAUAUGUCGUGCCUCCCCGAGCCAUGGGAGCCGUAGAGGUUCCCAUGAUAGUCGCCAACGUUGACCGAGCGACUAAAGCCUUCGGGAACAUUACUUCGUACAAGCCGUUCCUUGACCCAAACCGGAAUUCGCUUCCGCUGUACAUGGAUCCUGAGAAUGCCUUUUGUCCAUCCAUUCUGUCUCAUAAUGCAUCGACACAUAACGUGCUCCUCAAAGUCACUGUCCCUAAACGAACAGGGCGGAAGAGGAAGCGCGGGACUGACGGUCCCUGGGAGGAUUGGAGAGAAGUUGGAAACGAUGGCAGCAGCGCAGCACCACCAGUCAACGUCGAGCGCGAUGAGGAUGUAGCGUCUAAGAAGCGAUUAGACCAUCCCAAGACAUUACUCCGGAAACUCCAGGAUAACGUUGAAACUUACCGGGUCGAGACCGUCGGUGUCAUUAAGCAUACACAUCGGUACAGAGGUCUUAUGGACUUCCAAGUUGACCUCAGCCGAUCUGAAUUCGCUUCCAACUUCGUCGACAAGAUCCUCUCAAAGGAUGUCAACAAAAUCAAGCAGUUCAGAAUCGGAAGGGACAUCGACUCAGGCCCCCACUCCGACAUAAUGCCACCCCCUAAAUUCACCCACAUGACCCUCCCCUUCAACUACGCCUACGAGCAAAACCCCUUCGUCCACGCCAUCAAGGGUGACGAGGGCGAAGAGCAGGUCGUCAACACCACCGCCCCCGCCCUCGUCGGCUGCUUCAUCGCCGCCACGGACCCGACCCCUCAAGCCCCCAACCGCCUCCCGAACCUCCUUGACCCCCUCACCGCCGAGGUCAUCACCGCCGUCGAGGAGGCCUUCGAGUUCCGCCCCAUCUGGACCCGUCGCUCCCUCCUCAAUUACCUGGGCCCCCGCCUCAAGAACUGGGGGCCGCUCAAACGCUUCCUGGGCUAUGCCGCGUACCAGUUCAAGGGUGGGCCCUGGCGCGACGCGCUGAUGCCCUACGGCCUGGAUCCCCGCUCGGAUCCGAAAUACCGCAUCUACCAGACCUUAUCCUUCAAGCUUCCCUCUAUCAAGAACGUUACGAGCAACAAGAAUGCCAAGAAGAAAUCCUGGAAGAAUUUCCGCCGCGCCCGAGACGCCGACCCUUACAAGUUCGAAGAGGAUACCGCCGAGAGCCAUAUCUUUAACGGAGACACGUACUACUCCAACGGUAAAGUCUGGCAGGUCUGUGAUAUUACCGACCCCACACUCGCCCGCAUGUUCGCAGAGGCCAGUAUCCGACCGACCUGCGACGUCGAGAGCAGCGGCUGGUACCACCAGGGUCUCUGGGGUAAAGCCAAAGCCGUCAUGAAAUGCAAGCUCGUCGCCGUGCUCUUCAACCGCACGCUGGCCCCCGAUGCCUUUGACCACCUCUUGCACGGCGCCUCUACGUACGAGGUCGAGCAAAGCGUCCCUGGCGGCGGCGAAGACGGUGAUGAACAGCAGACGCUACAGUACCAACGCUCCACGUCCCUUACACCACCCCCCGGCGCCAUCGUCUCCCUCCGUCUGCCCGACCUGCAGCUCACGAACGAAGAAGUGCGGUUCCUGAAGGGCAGGAGAAUCCGCUCCACGGGCAGGCGCAAGACGGAGAAGAAGAAGUUCAUGUCCGUGCAGCUGAGUCGGAGGCCUAAUCGGCCGUCUACCGGUUUCGCGACGCCCGUCAAGGUCGGCGGUCCAUCCACCGUGCGUGGCAAAGAGGCAGGAGGGCGACCCGCCGUGUCUGACGCUGUUCGUCCCUCGGGCCGGGAUAGGGCUGGUGAGGAGCCCACGGAUGGUGAUGUUGCGAGACUGCGAGGGCAGCGGAAGGACGGCCGCGUGUCUGAAGCUGGGCCCUCGAGGAUUGAUGAUGUCUAUGAUGAAAUGGAAGUUGGAGAUGAAGAAGAUAUGGAUGAGGUUGAGGAGGAAGAAGAAGAGGAAGAUUACGAUGAGGAGGGACAGAAUGAGCGCUAUGAUGACCCAUAUUCUUAUCUGGAUGAUGAUGACGGAGUCGAGUACAUAUAUGAUGAUUAA